GAUUGAAGAACUGACAAUGCGACUUUGGGUCUUGGCACUUUCAACAAUUCUGGUACAUUCCACAGCAGCUAAGUUUAGCAAAUCAUCCUGGGGCCUGGAAAAUGAGGCUUUAAUCGUAAGAUGUCCUAGGCAAGGACGAUCUCGAUACCCUGUGGAUUGGUAUUACUCAAAAACCAACAAAUGUAUCACUACCCAGAAAAGAAAUCAUGUACUUGCCUCAGGGGAACGUCUUAAGUUUCUCCCGGCCAAAGUCAACGAUUCUGGAAUUUAUACUUGCAUUAUCAGAAGCCCUCUCUUCAAUAAGACUGGCUAUGUGAACGUCACCAUAUAUAAAAAACAGCCAAAUUGCAAUAUUCCAGAUCAUCUGAUGUAUUCAACAACAUUUGGAUCAGAAACAAAUUCCAAAAUAUAUUGUCCUACGAUUGACUUGUACAAUUGGACGGCACCUAUUGAGUGGUUUAAGGAUUGUAAAGCUCUUCAAGGACCAAGGUAUCACACACACAAGACAUUUUUGCUGAUUGACGGUGCAACCAGCAAGGACACAGGUGAUUAUACAUGUAAAUUUAUCCACAAUGAAAAUGGAGUCAAUUAUAGCGUGACAGCGACCAGAUCACUCACAGUGAACGAUGAGGAAGGCUUUUCUUUGUUUCCAGUAAUUAUAGCCCCACCACAAAAUGAAAUAAAAGAAGUGGAAAUUGGAAAACCAGCAAGCAUACCCUGCUCCGCUUGCUUUGGGAAAGGCUCUCAGAUCAUGGCCGGCAUCCUGUGGAAGGUGAAUGGAAGCAAAGUUCAGAACUUUGGAGAACCAAGAAUUCACGAGGACCGGGAGCAAAAUCAAAGUUCCAGCAAUGAGUUGACUUGUCUGAGCACCGUUUUAAAAAUAGAGCCUGUGAGAGAAGAAGAUUUAUCUGUGGAGUAUGACUGCGUGGCUCUGAAUUUGCACGGUUGGACACGGCACACCAUAAGACUAAAGCGGAGAAGUCCAAUUGACCAUCAAAGUACCUACUACAUACUGACAGGAUUUAGCAUCUUGUUAAUGCUAAUCAAUAUCAUGGUGAUAAUGCUAAAAGUGUUCUGGAUUGAGUUUAUUCUGCUCUGGAGAGACAUAGCUAGACCUUACAAAAGUAGGAAUGAUGGAAAGAUCUACGAUGCUUACGUUAUCUAUCCGCGGAACUAUACAAAUAGUCCUGAGAGGGCCAGCGCUGUGGGAUAUUUUGUUUACCAGAUUCUGCCUGAUGUUCUGGAAAAUAAAUGUGGUUAUAACUUAUGCAUUUAUGGGAGAGAUGUGCUACCUGGAGAAGAUGCAGCCACCUCAGUGGAAACCAACAUACGAAAGAGUAGGCGGCACAUUUUUAUCCUGACUCCUGAAAUCACUCACUGCAGGGAGUUUGCCUAUGAGCAGGAGAUCGCCUUGCACAGUGCCCUCAUCCAGAACGACUCCAAGGUGAUUCUUAUAGAAUUAGAGGCUCUGAGCAAGCCAGGAGGGAUGCAGUUUGGGGAGCUCCAAGAUUCCCUCAAGCACGUCGUGGAAAUGCAAGGUACCAUCAAGUGGAAGGAAGAUGAUGUGGCCAACAAACGGUCCCGGAAUUCCAAGUUCUGGAAGCACGUGAGGUACCACAUGCCUGUGCCAAACAAACCCUCAAGGAAGACAUCCACUUGGGCUUCCCUGAGUACCCAGGGGCAGUAGCGCUUGCUUUGAUGUGCUGGUGCACCAGAUUUCCUAGAUCUGCAUUCCUUCUGGCAGGAUUACGCCCCUGGGCCAGACCCUGGAGCAGAGGCAUGAGAAAUGGGGACAUGUCAAGGGUGUUCAGGCCUCAGGUUUCAUCUAGCAACUUUACUUCCAUUUUCCUGAUUCUGGAUGGAUGCAAAAUGCCCCGAAAUUUUUAUCCUCGCUCCCCCUCUCUUCACCCCACAUUUCCUUCCCUUUCUCCUUUUGCUGGUCUUUCUCCAUAAGACCUAGGAUCUUUUCACUAUUCUUUUUUCCCUCUUUCUCUCUCUUUCUUGUUCUCCUGCCCCGUUUUCCUUGUCAAUAUUCUACAUUUUGAACAAACGAAAAGCAUUAGAGCGAAAUUUUCAUGUAACCGUGAAGAACACUCCGAUUCCCACAAGCAGAAUAUUAGCAGCAAAUCUUGUUUCCAACCUACC